GUCGCUCAAAGGAGAGACAGGAAGUCCCUCCUCUUCCUCCCAGAGGGAAGACGGUGAGCCGGAGGAGUCAGUCAGAGGGGCGAGCAGGAGCGAUCCCGUCGGCAAACAGGUUACGAGUGCCCAGUGAGCCGCCCUGACGCAGGACCUUCUUAAUGAUGGAUACUGAGAAGAAGCCAGAGAACGAUGAGGAUGAAAAUGCAAACAAAGAAGCAGGAGACUCGAGCGAUGUCUCAUCUCAUGAUGUAGAUUGUGGGCCCGUAGUUGAUGCGGUAGCAAAUUCCUCUGAAAACUCCACAAGCAAGAGAGGUUUUUCAGAAUCCUCAAACCUCGGCAGCGUCACCGUGGGGCAAGAUGGAAAUAAACAUGCUUCCAAACGAAUGAAGUUAUCGGCUGAGGCAGAGCACCUAAAGCGUGAAGAGCGGGGCGCUCGCGGGCUGGAAGCUUCUGAGAGCAUGGUCCCCGAAGGGCACAUCCCGUUGGGUGAGGCAGUGAAGGAGACCCUCCUGAACGAACGCCCCGAUGGAGGCACGGGUCUCCCCAGUGCCUUCUCCCCGCCUCCCAGUUUGAGCUCCACUGAUGCUGUUUCUCCGAAAACAGGCACCGAAGAAAAGUCUGCUCGGGAAAUGGUUUCCCUUGACCCGGGAAGAGAAUCUCCUUUGCCCCUGAAAGAGAUGAGUGUCAGUUGUACUGUUGGAAACGUAGAUACGGUUUUCAAGUGCGACGUAUGUGGUCAUCUGUUUUCCUCCUGCACUGACUUGGAAAAGCAUGCUGAGUGUCACCUGCAGCCACCUGGGGAACACGCCUGCUGCCACUGCGGCCACAAAGCAGAGAGCAGCGCGGCGUUGCACGCGCACGUCCGGCAGACCCACCGGCCGCAGCGGGUCUUUUCUUGCGAUCUCUGCGGCUUUCAGUGCAUGGAAGAAAACCUGCUGAAUGCACAUUAUCUUGGCAAAACACACCUCCGGCGUCAGAAUCUUGCUGCUCGUGGAGGAUUUGUACAGAUCUUAACAAAACAGCCCUUUCCCAAGAAACCUUGUUCCAUGGGAACAAAAAGUGUUCGCGUGAAACCGAGAGCUUCCAAGCCAGUAGCAAAGGCUAGUGAUUCAAAAGGAUUACGAGACGUUGGAAGCAAAUUUAAAGAUUUCAGAGGGGGCCUUUCUCAGCAAAGCGGAAGUAGCAGUGAGCUGCUUGUCGAAAUGACGCCGUCCAGGGAUCCUUUGUCAGAAACAGUAGAGAUUGUUGAAGACAACGUAACUUCUCUCGGCAUAGCUCGAAAUCCUGAAAACCAAAGUAAAACUAAAAAGUUAGCUCUGGUCAGCUCAGAGGGUCUCUUAGAUAAGGUGGAAUCUUCCAGAAGUAGCCUACAGGCAGCGCACGGUAUCAGCGCAGGCUCGAGACCAAGACCUGAGCGAAACGUCCUCACGCUGGGCAGUAGCUUCCGUCGACGAAGCGGCACUUUUACUUUAAAGGGCCAGGCCAAGAAAAGGUUUAAUCUUUUAGGAAUUAGUAAACGAGCAACUACUGAUGGGCAGAGGGUGUUUAUGAAACACUUGAGAACCCAGGUGAGAACAGGUGACGCAGAGUCUGCGUCCAGACACGCAGAAGCGAGUGGCGGUGUCCACAGUCUGUGUGUGACUUCCCCAGAAACACGGGACCCGAAGCAGGACAGAAGAAGCUCCCACCUCGCGUGCUCCCUGGACUCUCCCGCCGCGAGGCCAGCUGCCACCCAGCAGACGUGUCCUUGUACGGACUGUGCUCAAGUAGCUACAGAAAGGACGGAGCUGGAGACCCGUGGGGAGGGGUGCCCCACCGGAGACGUGAAGCUUCGCUGCCAGGAGCGUGACUUUUCCAGCCCAUCGAGGAGGGACUCGGACAAGCAUUUGUACGACAACCAGCACCAGCACACCGCCAGUGUCCUCCAUUGUCAGCGCUGUUCGUUUAGUUCUGAGGACGAACCAGGUCUUACAGACCACAUGAAGGAAAAGCACAAUAUGUGUUUUGUCUGUACUCCUUGUAGUCUGUUCUUCUUGUCUGAGAAGGACCUGGAGGAGCACAGAACAACUGAGAAGCACGUUCGUUUAUUGGUUCAGCCAGAGGCUUCUCAACCGCGUAACAGUGAUUUGGUGUUACAGUCUUUACCCUUAAGUACUUUAGAAUCAGAAAAUACAAGAGAUGCUCUGAGUGAGUCCGGUAAAGCAGCUCAGGAAGAGCCCGUUAAGUCCAGGGUGAGCCAUGGACAUGAAGUCAGGCAUUCCAGUAAGCCUCAGUUUCAGUGUAAGAAGUGUUUUUAUAAAACAAGGUCUUCCACUGUCCUCACGAGACACAUAAAGCUCCGGCAUGGUCAGGACUACCACUUUCUGUGUAAAGCAUGUAAUCUUUAUUCGUUGAGCAAAGAAGGCAUGGAGAAGCACAUUAAGAGAAGCAAGCAUCUUGAAAAUGCCAAGAAAAAUAACAUCGGCUUGAGUUUUGAAGAAUGUAUUGAAAGGGUAUGUAUAGGUGCAAACGAUAAAAAGGAAGAGUUUCAUGUUUCUGGAAAUGGCAGGAUAGAAGGCCACGUGGAAGGUGCACAGUUACAGGAGCAUGUCUGCCUCGAAAAGAGCGUGCUGACUACCAAGGAACUGUCACAGUCCGGCGGAAUGACCAAAGAAGGGGAGGUCACUUUGACCGCCACCCCAAAGAGAGGGAGACCGAAAGGUAACAUGUCACGGACAUGUUCUCAUUGUGGUCUCUUGGCCUCUAGUAUCACAAACUUGACUGUUCACAUUCGACGAAAGCACAGUCACCAGUACAGUUACUUGUGCAAAGUGUGUAAGUAUUACACCGUAACCAAGGGAGACAUGGAGCGUCACUGUGCCACUAAGAAGCAUAAAGGACGAGUAGAAGUAGAAGCCAGCGGCAAACAAAGUUCAGACAUCAUUGUCGGCCCUGAAGGGGGUAACCUUGAAGCCUGUAGAAAGAGUGCCACGUCAGCGGUUUCAGGGGAGCACGCUAACAAGUCCGCUGAGUCAGAUACCUCUGUUUCAGAAAAGCCAGGAGCAGAGCAUGGAAAUCCAACUGAAGUCGAAGUGGCAGGUGUGUGUCAUUCUGUAGAUGGGGAAGCUGACAGCCGUCUUCCUGAUAAAAAGGAACAGAUGUGUCUGGAACCGGAGGGCCCUGUCCAGCAGGGGGACGCUACGGGUGUAAGCGAUAAUAAGUGUGUACACUGUGAGUUUAGUGCCCACUCUUCUGCUUCUCUAGAGCUGCACGUAAAACGGAAGCAUACAAAGGAAUUUGCUUUUUAUUGCAUGGCGUGCGAUUACUACGCUGUGACCCGUCGAGAGAUGACGAGGCAUGCAGCCACAGAGAAACACAAGGUGAAAAGGCAGUCUUACCUGAACUCUUCGGACAUGGAAGCAGGUUCUGCAGACGUGCCCAGGAGUAUCAUCAUAUCCAACGAGCAGCAUCAGCCAAAUUCUGAGGAAUAUCAAGUGAUUUCAGACCAACCAUCUGAAGAAACUCUGAAAUCUAGAAGUACCGCUGAUUGUUCUGUUUUGGAUGAGAAUACUCAUCUAGGUGUGGCUAAAGUACUCCGUGCUCCCGACUCAGUAGAAAUUGAGACUGGAGACGAAUCUAAUCUCAGUGAAGAGCAUUCCUUCUGUGAAACUUUCCAACAGCCCCUUGCCAAGGAAAAAGCUCUGAAACCCGAGGAUGUGUCCCUUACUGUUUCCUCUGAUUGUGCCUCCCCGAGCAGAUUUCAGAGUGAAAAUGCAGGAAGCUCAGCUUUGGAUUAUGAGCCAGUAGAGAGAAGCCACAGCAUGCUGAAUGACAUUGGUGGUCCAGGCCCGCGUGGCGAGAGUGAUGUGGGACGUGUGGGCGAGAAUGCAGGUGAAACCCUGAGCAAACGUGGAUGUCCUGGAGGUUUAGGGGGAGGGCAUCUGGCCGAAAGCACCGUCCCUGUUGUGAUGACAAGGAUGGGACAGGAGCCAGACCUGGAGAGCCGUGGUCAGAACGACGUUGGAAGUGUGCAGAGUUCAGAGGACUUGAAAGAUGGUACCCAAGAAGACCCCGUUCUAGAGAACAAGGAGAUUCUGAUGAAUUCCCAGCAUGAAACUAAAAUUAUCUUGGAAGAGGAUGGUCUGGCUUCUGAUAGCACGGUUGAAAGUAAUGAUGUGUAUGAAACUAUAAUCAGCAUUGAUGACAAAGGACAGGCCGUGUACAGUUUUGGCCGGUUUGAUUCUUCCAUAAUAAGAAUAAAGAGCCCUGAAGAUGGUGAGUUGUUGGACCAGUCUGAAGAGGGUCUCAUAACCACAGGCGUGAGGAUCGGUGAGUUGCCCUUAAAAGACUGUGCCCAAGGUGUGAAAAAGAAGAAAUGUGAAGGUAGUUCCUUUGGUGAAUCCACACGAAUUCGUUGCGAUGAUUGUGGCUUCUUAGCAGAUGGUUUGAGCGGACUGAAUGUGCACAUAGCCAUGAAGCACCCUACGAAAGAGAAGCACUUUCAUUGUUUACUGUGUGGAAAGUCCUUCUACACCGAGAGCAACCUCCACCAGCACUUGGCUAGUGCUGGUCAUCUGAGGAACGAGCAGGCCAGUGUGGAGGAGCUUCCGGAGGGAGGGGCCACCUUCAAAUGUGUCAAGUGCACGGAGCCCUUUGACUCAGAGCAGAAUUUAUUUCUCCAUAUUAAAGGGCAGCACGAAGAGCUGCUUCGGGAGGUGAAUAAGUACAUAGUGGAAGACACUGAGCAGAUCAACCGCGAGAGAGAAGAAAACCAGGGGAACGUCUGCAAGUAUUGCGGGAAGAUGUGUCGAAGUAGCAAUUCGAUGGCAUUCCUGGCACACAUUCGCACCCACACAGGAUCAAAACCAUUCAAGUGCAAGAUAUGCCACUUCGCAACGGCUCAGCUUGGCGAUGCCAGAAACCAUGUCAAAAGGCACCUUGGGAUGAGGGAAUACAAGUGUCAUGUCUGUGGGUGAGUAACCUGAAACCAUCUCUGCCUUGGUGAGCCAGGCAGCAUGUGCGGGAUAGCCAUUGUUUCAGAAUUCAGAAGUGAUAUGAGUAAGAGUGGCUAAAAUUAUGCAUGCGUACCCUCCUUUCCAUUGUUAUGGUAAAUUCCUUAAAUACAGUUAUGACAUUCUUCUCCCACUUCUAAUCCUCUACUGCAGAUGAGCAAUUUUAUGGGCUACAAGGUCAAUUUGAACCUGUAAUCUGUAAAUUGACUAAAUUAUAGGAUGUUCAUUCACAUUGCCAGAGAGAACUGUAAAUUCCAUUUAAAGACAUAAAAAAAAUACAUAAUACAGCUUUAGGAACGUAUAUGUAUUUUUUUUUUUUUUUCUCUUUUGCCAUACUGCUUUAAUUUUUAAUCACAUUAGUGGCUAGAUAUCCCGGACAUAUCCCAUAAAGAGAAAGGCAGAAAAAGAUUUAAUUUCAGACAACUGGUCACUGAUUGUUGCAGAGAUGAAGCUUAAAUAAACAGUGUAUAAUGUAUGUUUUUGUGUAACUUUAUUCCAAAACUUGUUUGCCAUUUUUAGUUAAUGACUCUUCCUCUAAAGAAUCGUUGCCGGUGUUAAGCUGUCACUCAGAUGUGUUGCGUUUAAUAGGAAGCACUGAGAUGCCUUAAUGCACAACUGAUUAAUUUAGCAGAAAUGUUUAAAAGGUUUUAAAAUGCCAUGACAUCUAUGGUAUAUCAUAGGACAUUCAGAGCUGGAUUUUAAUACCCUCUCUCUGAUUAAAAAUAUAUUUUAAUGCUAUUAUGCUAGAGAAAUUAACUAAUAUGUGUAUCCUGUGAAAACACUUUCUGUGAAACCUGAGAAACGUGCAAUUCUUACGGCCGAUUCCCUAAAUACUACAGGCUCAAUUAAAUUAUGCACUGUGCACAUGUUAUAUUAGGUUUCCCUUUUUAGUGGAAGAUUUAGUGGGCAAAUAUCUUUUAAGUCAAAAACAGCCUCUGUCUUUUGUUGGGCAGUCAUGUCAUGCCAGGAUGCCGUUGCAUUUUUUGACCCUUAAGAUAGUUUUACAAAUAACUUUGCAAGCAGUUUUAUUAACCACGGUCUGUGAUUUAUUCAUUGGCAGAAUUGAUGGCUCAGUAACUUGCAGCUAAAGUAAAUGAAGAUGAACCUUUGCCCUCAAGCCCCCUGAAGAUCAGUGGGGAAUGAGUUUUGUUGCCACUGGCUUUAGCUGCAAGGGUUGAGUGCCAAAUGGUUCAUUUUAAUUGCUCUAGGUCUUGGAAUUUUAAGAGAUACCUCAUUUAUUGUUUUUACCGUAUGAGUUGUAGGAAAGAGGAAGGCCCUGACUCCAAUGAGAAUUUGCUAUUAGAUGGCACUAAGCAGUUUCUUCCUCAGAUCUUCAAAAUAAUUGGGCAGUUUUUGCGUGCUCUGUUAUUAGAAAUCUAAUUCCUCCAUUUUUUUUUUUUUUUUUUUUAAUUUUUAUUAGGGUUACUAAGUCUUGGGAAAGAGAAGAAACUUUUUUGGAGACUAGUUUCUGACCUAAGUAGCAUCAAAAGCAGUACAGGAUUGGUUGGCUUUGAUUGUCCUUUUUAAACCCACUUGGCUCAUUGCUUGUUACCGCAAACCACUGACAUGUGACACUCGUCUAUUUGCUCGAUUCCCAGGAUGAAGAGUUAUAAAUACAUAGAGAUACAUUGAGUUGUGUGCUGAUGCCACAGAGGUCUGAAUGUAUGCACGGGAGCGGCAAUCUAGAUUCCAAAACUGUGUCUUUGAGAAUGAUGGUAGUCAUUGAACUUUAUUUCGCUUUGAAAUAAUAGUUGUCUUAAUUUUUUGUAAGUGAAAUUUGAUUUAAAAGUUAUAGAACAAUAACUUUUCUAGGGUACAUAUUGUCACGGUGACGCUGAAAGUUCUGAAGAAUUGUAGUAAACCCAAGAAGUGUUUGUCUGUGGAGUUGAAACGAGCAGUUUCGAUGAGUUAGGUCUAACGAGUUAGAACCCUCUCAGGGGAAAGAAAAAGUAUUGUAGGGCGUUCUGUAUUUCCUGUAUUUCAAAUGGAUAGGGCAGUAGGUAGGUUAAAAACUAAAGUGAGAAUCAUGAUAAAAAGCAAGAAUUGGCCGUCAGGUUAGUGGCAGUAGCAUUGGUACAUUAACACUGGUGACAAUGUCAAUUCAUUAUCAUUGAUGGCUAAAUAAUCCUGGAAAUGCUCAGUGGACCUAUUAGUUCCUGAACAUAAGCAGCCCAUGCUGCAUUUCUUCAUUAGCUUUAAUUGCUAUAAAUUUUACCUUUUAAAAAAAUCAUGCUUUAAAAGUUGAAGUGAUCUUUCAGGAACAUUAACUCUAUAAUUUUGUCACAAACAGAAGGCCCUGCACUGUGUUUUCUUUUCUGCAGUACUUAGGAUCUUCAUCUCUGGCUUUUAGAAUUUUAUGAAUAACCUUUUCGUUACCUGAAUUGCAAGAAAAUAAACUGCUUUUCAAAUAGUUCUGACUGACUAAUAUAUAAAAACAAUGGAGCAGACAUUUUAAAAAUGAAAUUAAUACUCACAAUGUUGUAUUCUUUUGUCCUAGUAACUCUUGCUUUUCUUGAAAAAAAAAAAAAAAACCCUCACAUUUUAUAGCGAAAUUGAUGGAAA